UCUCACGAAUCACACAAAGCGUUAAGCGAGAGACGAAGGAAGACUGUCCUUUGCCGCUUUAAUCGCACAACCCCAAACACGCGUGAAGGUUGCAUAAGCUCGAAGAGACGAUUCAUCGACGAUUCCGCACCGGAGAUCUCAGAUUCGCGUUUCUUCGCUCGCAAUUGGCGACCUCAAAGAGUCCGUCAAGCGAUAGACUCUCUCUCUCUCUCUCUCUCGUUCGUGCAGCAGUGUGAUUUCAGAGGAAGAUGAAGAAAGAUGAGAAGAAGAAGGUUUCAACGGGAAGGACCAUUUGCACCAGAUCUUCAGCGGUAGCUUCUGCGUCAACAGUGCUAGAAACCACUCCUUUGAGGAGGUCAACCCGGGGAACACCGUCUACGAAGCCUAUAACUCCAGCUUCUAGUACCAGAAGGUCUGGGAGACUCGCUUCCUCACCUGCUUCAGUUACUAAAAUUUCUGGUGGAACUGAGAAGAAACCCACAGCAAGUCCCUUGCGAAGGUCCGGUAAGGGAAAGACUGUAGCUUCGGAGAAUCCAAAAGGGUUAUUGGAUAAGCCUGACAGGAAUGCAAACACUUCUUCAUUGGGUGUUGAGGAGAGUAAUGGCAAGAGGAUAGACAUCAUAGAAGAAGAGUCGACAGAUGAGAUCAAGAAAGGGAAGCCUGAAAUGACAGCUCGAAGUCUCAGGGCCUUGUAUAGAGGGCAUCUCAAUACGGGAUCUAAUGCUUCUUCGAAUGAUGAGGAACUAGUAGUGGUUGGUUGCUCUCGCCGAGUACCCGCGGAAAAUGAUGAUGCUAGAGACGAUAACAGUCCACCACAUGCGAAUUCAGGAUCUAAAGGGCUGCCGGUUGGAGAUUUUAGUCUAGAGAAGGGACCUGAUUUUCCUAUGGAAGUAGCUAGGGAUACAGAAAAGACGGUGGUUGAUUCAUCUCCCAUGGUUGAAACUGGGGAUGACAGUGUUAUAGGUUCAUCAUCUGUGGAUCCUGAACCACAAAAGCUUUGUGACAGUGAAACUAGCUUGGAAACCGACAUAGACUUGGCUCUGAAAAGAAAAAGAGACACUGCGGAAAAUGAUGAUGCUAGAGACGGCAACAGUCCACCACAUGCGAAUUCAGGAUCAAAAGGGUUGCCGGUUGGAGAAACUGGUUUAGAGAAAGGCUCUGAUUUUCCUGUGGAAGUAACUAAGGAUAUAGAGAAGACAGUGGUUGAUUCAUCCCCCAUGGUUGAAACUGAGGAUGGCAGUGUUAUAGGUUCACCAUCCGAGAAUCCAGAACCACAAAAGCUUCGUGACAGUGAAACUAGCUUGGAAACCGAUAUAGACUUGGCUCUGAAAAGAAAAAGAGACACUGCAGAAAUUGUGAUGGAUGCAUGUACAAAUGCAGAUGACCGCAUUAUGAGUACUGAUGGGGUUAUUCCUUUUCCACCCGUGUGCACAAAUAUUAAUCAACCCGAAAGGUGCGGCACAUGUCAAAAACGGCAAAAGGUCAAUGAUAAUUUUGAAGAUCUCAGUGUUUGCUCCUGCAUUGCUCAGCCAGUUCAAGGAUCUGAUCAGGUGGCACAGGAUAUGAAGGAAUGUGGACCCGCUAAAAGCAAAGACUAUGGGGAGAACAGGCAGAAGAUGCAACAAGAUAAAUCAUUUGAUCCCAAAUUGUUAUCGAUGUACACCGAGUAUUGGGUUCCAGUGCAGCUAUCAGAUGUACAGGUGGAGCAAUACUGUCGGACUCUCUUCUCCAAUUCUUUAUCUCUUUCUUCGAUGUUGAAGAAUGAUCUUGUUGGAGCUCUCGAAGAAACUCUCACUUCUGUAAGGAAAACCUGUGACCACCCAUAUGUUAUGGAUGUAUCUUUGAAACAACUGCUCACCAAGAAUCUAAAGUUGCAUGAAAUCCUAGAUGUAGAAGUCAAAGCAAGCGGGAAACUUCCCCUGCUUGGUGCAAUGCUUACUCAGAUAAAAGCAAAGGGUUUAAAAGCAGUUGUCUUCUACCAGGCAACACAUAGCCCUGAGGGGCUUCUGCUUGGUAAUAUUCUCGAAGAUUUUCUGAUGCAAAGAUUUGGUCAAAAUUCCUAUGAGCAUGGGGUCUGCCUCUCGAAGAAGAACGCUAUAAACAAUUUCAACAAGGAGAGUGAGUGUUUUAUUCUGCUGCUGGAAAUACGUGCCUGUAGUCAAAGCAUUAAACUCUUACGCGCUGAGUCUUUUAUACUUUUUGGAAGCAGCCUGAAUCCAUCGCAUGACUUUAAGCUCUUAGAGAAGAUAAAGGUUGAGUCGUGUUCUGAAAGAACUAAGAUUUUCCGGUUGUACUCAGUGUUUACAGUUGAAGAAAAAGCCCUGAUUCUUGCUAGGCAAAAUAAGCCUCUAGAGAACCUAAACCGUCCUCUCACACAUGCACUGCUCAUGUGGGGGGCAUCAUAUUUAUUUGAUAAGCUGGAACACUUCCAUGGGAGUGGAACCCCAGGUUCAGGAGUUCCAUUUGAACAGUCUAUUAAGGAUGCCGUGAUUCAGGAAUUCUCGUCCAUACUUUCUUCCGAUGUUGGAGAAGAAAAUGAAGGCAAGCUGUGUCUACUUUUGGAAGCCAAGCAUGCUCAGGGAAGUUACAGCAUUGAUGCUACUCUAUUUGGUGAAGAACAUGUCAAGUUAUCAGAUGAAAGUCCAAAUAUGUUUUGGUCAAAGCUGUUGAGUGGAAAGAACCCUAUGUGGAAAUACUGUUCAGAUACUCCUCAAAGGAGUCGAAAAAGAGUGCGGCAUCUUCAGGGCUAUGAGGAGACUACCAAAGUUGGCAAUGGCGGAAACUUAAAGAAGAAAAAGAAGGCUUCAGAUGAUGUCACAGUAGAUAACGCUGAGAGAAAAGCCUCUGGAAAGGAUCACAUGGGGCAUUUGGAGUCACCAAACGUUGCAACACUCAAGUCAUCACGUGGAUCUGCUUCUGGUACUAAUGACUCAUUGACUGGAAAUGGUGCUACUGGCUUGUAUUCUUUGGGCUGUCAUAUCUCUGGAGUCCCAGAGGAUAUGUUAGCUGGCAUUGAUUGGCGACAAAUUCCGCAUGAGUCACAGAGGAGUCUCUAUGCUGUUUUAAAGCCGAAGAUGGCAAAACUUUGUCCUUCAGAAGAUUCGGCAAGCAUAGCUGAAAAGUUUCUUGAAUAUAUUAUUGAACACCACCGUGUAUGCACAGAGCCAGCCACCAUAUUGCAGGCGUUCCAGAUAGCCUUGAGUUGGAUUGCAGCCUCGCUCGUAAAGCAAACGUGUAACCGCGAAGAAUCUUUGGUCCGCGCAAAAUCGGAAUUAGGUUUCAGUUGCUCUGAAGAAGAGGUAGAUUAUAUAUAUUCUCUUUUGUGCUGCAUGAAGAGUAUAUUCCUGGGGCGCACACGAAGUUUGCAGGUGGAUUACUUGGGUACUAAUUCUAAGCAAGCAAAGGUGAAUGAAAGUCUCUCAGGGGAUACAGUGCGUCAGGAACAGAGUAACACAAAAUCGAUGCGUAGCUCAGUAACAAAAGAUGUCGAAAAGACUAUUAGCGACAUCAAAAAUAAAUGCAGUAAGAAACUGCAGGAGCUUGUACAAAUCCACGAGGAAAAAAAGGUGGAUCUGAUGAAUAGGAGUGCUGACAAGAAGCAGGAACUUCAAAAUGGGAAAAAGCUGGAAGUAUUAUAUAUUCGUGUCACUUGUUCAGGGUUAAGUUCGCAGAGCUUACUGGAUAAUCUUCAACGGGUGGAAGAUGAUUUUGAAAGAAAGAAUGAUGAUCUCAAAAUCGAGAUGAAUGACUGCCUCAAAAAACUAGAGGGAAUGCACGAGGCUGAAAAGAAGAAGUUGGCUGAGGAUGAAGCCUAUUGGAUUAGUCGGAUAGAGAACUGGGCACAGGCACAAGCUGAAUUAAUAGAUUGCGCUCCCAUUCAAAGUGGAAGCAACAAGCGUCUUAGUGGAUUACGCUCAUCGAACACAUCCAAAAAUACUCCUGAUGUACAAACUUGCAAUGAUGCCAGCGGUGAAGCUACUUAUGCUGAUACAAGUUGCAUGGUUGCCAAGGAAAACCAAUUGCCAGAAACAGAAAACACAUUAAGAACCAUGUCAGGUGGCAGCACUCAACAAGUUCAUGAAAUUGUGGCUUCAAGAAAUGACAAGGCGUUGGAUAUCUCGCCCGUGUCUCAUGAACAGCCUACGGACAAUGUGGCUACAAAGAGCCAGCCCAAUGAGCCCGCUUCUCUUAGUGCGCCUGAUAUUUUGAUUCGAGCUGGCUGUCAAGAGGAAUAUGGGGCCUUGAACGUGCAGUCGUCAGAAUAUCCGAAUUGCGUCAGAGUUACAUCAGCGGCACCAGAUGAAGAUGUUCCCUCAAGGGUGGCAGAUAUAUCCCAGUCUGUUGCAAAUCUUGCAAAGUCUGCCUCUCUAGAGUCUUGGUUGAAUAGAGAGGAGGCUCUGGUUUCAAUAGAAAAUGAUAAAACUAUUCAUUCGGGCGCAGAUACUGAUAACAUUUUUGACCACCAGUAUGAGGAAGCUUGUUCUCUUUACAAGGAGAUUCCUGACGAGUUGGUGUCGCCUAUACCUCACCCUGCGCCUGUGCUAAAGACUAGGGAUUCUGCUGAAUCUGAUCAGGGUGAUGACGAGAUAUGUCCUCUGCCUUCUUCACCGGCUGGACAGCAACCUGACCCAGCAGAAAAAAAUCAGGGCAAGAAUGUUGAAGCAUCAAUCGAGUCUCAGCCAGCUGUUUCAGAAUCAGUAGAGACUGGUGGUUUUGCUGCAUUCGAGCAGGGUGAUCAAGUUGCAUGUCCGUUGCCAUCUUCACCGACGGGAAACCAGCCUGAUUCAGGCGCCAACGUUGAGAGCCAAAAUAUCAGCACUUCAGAAGAGCCAUACAAUGCUGGUCCAGGUGUAGUAGAGACUGGUGUCACCGCAGUAUCAGACCAGGAAAUAAUGGGUGCUCAGGAUCCAUGCUCUCUGCCAACUCCAUUGAUUGGAACUCAGGCUGACCUAGCAACAAACACUGAGGGCCAAAAUAUUACAACAGUGGCUCAGCUUCAUACAGCUGGAUCAGAUGCAGUAGAAACUGGUCGGGAUGCAUCUCCAUUACCAGUUUCUUCGCCUGGAAAUCAAUCUGAGGCAGCAGUUAGCACUGAGGGCUUAAAUAACAACAACACAACAAUGGCUGCGCCUCGCACAACUGGAUCAGAAGCAUGUGAAAUGGAAGUAGCAGAACCUGAUGCUCAAGUAGAACAACCAACCUUUGCAAACGUUGUCGAUGAAGGUGUUGUGGAGCCUCCAGCAGGUGUAACAGCUCCUGCUUCUUCACAGCUUAACAAUGCUACGGGACAGAAUGCCACUCCACCUGUUCCUCAAGUACCUUUCCCUGUGUUCAGUGACCCAUUUCAGCAUGAACUGGAGAAGCUGCGGAGAGAAUCAGAGAACACAAAGAAGACUUAUGAAGAAAAGAGAUCAGUUUUAAAAGCUGAAUUCGACAGGAAGAUGGCUGAACUGCAAGCUGAGUAUCAAAGAAAGUUUCAUGAGGUAGAAGCUGAGCAUACAGCCAAAGCGACAAAGCUACAGACAAGCAAGAACUUUGUUAUAAUGAACAAGUUGUUGACGAAUGCGUUCUUGUCUAAAUGUACGAGCAGAAUGGAAUCUCAUCCCUCCGCAGCUCCAAGGGGUAGAAUUCAGCAGCUAGCACAGAGAGCAGUACAAAUGAGCGCACUGAGGAAUUAUUAUACAGCUUCGGCUCCUGCUCCUCUGCAGCCUCAUACGUCUUCAGUUUCUCGCUCACCAUACCUUCCUCCGAGUUCCACGCACUGCCCAAUGCCUCAGCCAAGACAGCCUCUCAUCUCCAACCCAGCUCCAUCUUUUUCAGCUUCUCCUGCUAGUGCACCUAACCUAGCUGUCAAUGGAAGACUAGUUUCUCCUGCACUGCCUUUAAACCCAUAUAGUUCAUCAUCCUCACCAGUUCCCAUCCCUACGACAACUACUCCAACCUCGUCAGCUGUUCCUCAAGCUUUAACAUAUUCCUCUUCAGUUCCCAUCCCCAUGACAACUACUCCAACCUCAGCAGCUGUUCCUCAAGCUUUAACAUAUUCCUCUUCAGUUCCCAUCCCCACGACAACUACUCCAACCUCAUCAGCUGUUCCUCAAGCUUUAACAUAUUCAACUGCGUUAGCUCAGCAGCAAGAACAGCAACAGAACUUGGGAAGUGGAUCGCAGAGGAGCAGUGAUGUGGUCUGUCUCUCUGAUGAUGAGUGAUGUAAUCUUGUGAUGUUUAGCGUAUAAUAAUGAUUGAUUUAGAGUUGUAUAACCUAAUAUUGUAUGUAUAAUUAGUAGGAUUUCCUAUAACUUGAAACUUAUGGAAUCAAAUUCAGUGAGGGACACGGUUCCCCACGGUUUUCUUGAA